AAAAAACCCCACAAAAAAACAGAUAAACCACCACCAUCCCAUGACUAAAACAACUGUGAUGGAGUACUAGAGAGAGAAAGACUACCUUGACAGAGAGAGGAGAGAGAGAGAGAGAGAGAGAGAGAGAGGGCGUGUGAUAAUCCAUUUGCAGAGGAAGUUGUUCUUGCCCACUCAAUCCCCUUUUGAAUGCGAAGGAAAGAAACCACCGGCAAGGAGAGCGCUCGGGCCGCUUCUCUCUGUUGACGCUAUUCUUUCUUUCCUUCGCUUUGCAAGCAACGCGGCGGAAAUGGGUGCAUCUAAUAUGGGCCCAGCUCGCCGGACGGGACGUGGGUUCGGCGGUGGCCUCCGCCGCCGUUGCUCCCGGGACUAGCCUGCAUUGCCGGCCUCCGCAAUGGGGAAGAGCGCCGAGGAGGAGCAGCAGGUGGCCGCGACGGUGGUGUCCAUCACUUCCGAGAGGAAUGCGGAGCGGCGCUGUGGGUGCGGUGGGAUUUCGAAGCGGGUCGGGGUCAGAUGCGUGGCGGUGUUGGUUUUGUCCGUGGCCGUGUUCUUGUCGGCCAUGUUCUGGUUGCCUCCGUUCUUGCAGUUCGCAGAUCGAGGAGAUCUGGAUCUGGAUCCGAGGUUUAGAGGUCAUGAUAUAGUAGCUACCUUUAAUGUUGAGAAGCCAGUUCUUCUACUUCAAGACAAUAUCUUGCAGCUCGAAGAAGACAUUUUUGCAGAGAUCAAUCUCGCGACUAUCAGAGUAGUUAUCUUAUCUGUGGAGCCUUUAGCUGGAUCAAAUUCAGCAAAGGUCGUGUUUGCUAUUGAUCCUGAUGUGAAAAAUUCAAAAAUAUCCAAUGCUACUGAAAUUAUAAUAAGGGAGUCCUUUGAAUCUCUGGUUACACGCCAGAUAUUUCUCCAUUUGACUUCAUCCUUAUUUGGCGACCCAUUCUCAUUUGAGGUGCUAAAGUUCCCCGGAGGAAUUACCAUCAGCCCUUUUCAGAAGGCAUUUCCUCUGCAGAGAGCGCAGAUCUACUUCAACUUCACCUUAAACUACUCCAUAGAGCAAAUACAAGCGUAUUUUGAAGAUCUCAGAAGCCAGUUGAGAUCAGGAUUGCGUCUCUCGUCCAAUGAGAUCUUGUACAUUAGCUUAUCGAAUGUGAGAGGUUCAACAGUGGCUUCUCCGACCAUUGUUCAGUCAUCUGUUUUGCUGGCGAUUGGAAACAAGCCUAGGUUGAAGCAGCUGGCACAAACAAUCACGGGUUCUCACUCAAGAAAUCUCGGUCUCAACAAUACCAUAUUUGGCAAGGUCAAGCAAGUCCGUCUUUCAUCGAUAUUGCAGCACUCUCUCAAUGGUGGCGACGGAGCUGGACCGUCAUUACCACCUUCUCCAGCUCCUCUUCCUGGGCCCCACCAUGCACACCACCAUCACCAUCACCACCACUCUCACCACCAUCACUUCCAUCAGCCCCCUACUAUUUCACCUGCACCUGCAACUCAUGAUAGUGCGCAUUCACCUCGAGCCGUUUCACCUGCCCAUAGAAAAAUCUCACCUGUCCACGGCAAAAGCUCACCAUCACCUGCACCUCAACCAAGUUAUGAGGCAAGGCCUCCUGGCUGUAGAUUUGGCUAUAAAGGAAAGCCUUCAGGGAGUGGAAAGCAGUCUCAUGUAGCUCCAGUUCCUGCACCAGCACUUGCUCCUCGGUAUUCUGGGGUUUCUCCAUCCCCACAAGCACAUCAUCCACGGGCGGUUCCUGUGUCUAGCCCGUUACCGCAUGUUGUCUAUCCUCAUGUUCAGCCCCCAUCAACGACCAAACAUCAUACAGAGAACCCCGUGCAAACGCCGUCAGUUGCUCCAUCACUGAAUUCAUCUUCUGCAGGUCUUGUUCCCACGGCACAAUGGGCAUUCACCCUGAUCUUCGCAAUCCUUUUACAAUUAUGAUGUCGUAGAUGAAGCUACCGUAUCUUGACCAGUUGAAACAGACAAGUCUCUGGUCCUGGUGAAGGCCUCAAAUGAUCAGACCUAUACUUAGUAGAAGGAGCCGGAGGGAGCUUUACGGGUGGGAGCGGCCGCAAAAAAAGGGGCGGCCCCGCUCGCAUCUGUGUGGAUGGAUGUACGUAGGUUUUGGGCACGGGAAUGUGUGUGUAUAUAUGUUAUUCGAAAUCCGGCCGGUAGAUGCACCAUCAGGUCAAAGUCACUAGAGGUGGCAGGCCGUUGGUUCACAUUGCAUCUCCGCCGCUGUGUAUUCUCUUCUGCGGCAACUGUAACGGUAAGGGAAGAAAAAAAGAAAAGAAAGAACAAAGGAACUGCAUAAAACUGUUCUUUUUUUUUUUUUGUUUACAAUCUACUUAUCGAGUACGUUGAGUACGAUUUUUCGC